ACCCGUCUAUCAGAUUUCCUCUGCUGCAUUCCGUUCCAUAUCUGCCAUCCCUCUCUGCCAAUCCCUCCACUGGCUUCCCAUUCAGUGUCCUCCACCCCUCUCUGCCAAUCACUCCACUGGCCUCCAUUCAGUGUCCUCCAUCCCUCUCUGCCAAUCCCUCCACUGGCUUCCCAUUCAGUGUCCUCCACCCCUCUCUGCCAAUCCCUCCACUGGCCUCCAUCAGUGUGUCCUCCAUCCCUCUCUGCCAAUCCCUCCACUACUGGCUUCCCAUUCAGUGUCCUCCACCCUCUCUGCCAAUCCUCCACUGGCUUCCCAUUCAGUGUCCUCCACCCCUCUCUGCCAAUCCCUCCACUGGCCUCCAUUCAGUGUCCUCCAUCCCUCUCUGCCAAUCCCUCCACUGGCUUCCCAAUCAGUGUCCUCCAAUCCCUCUCUGCCAAUCCCUCCACUGCUUCCCAU